UUCAGUCAGUAUGGAGCUCAGUCAACUUCCUCUUGUGUUCUUGCUGAUUUCAAAUAUCUACUCUGGACAAACUCAAGAAAGACUGAAACCCAGAGUGAACAUUAAACCUGAUCAACAUGUGUUCAGAGGAGAAACAGUCACUCUCAGAUGUGACAUAUAUGAUGAAGGAGUCACUGGCUGGAGAUACAUCUGGUAUAAAAAAGGCUUAAACAGAGUUUUCAAGUAUGGACAGGAACACACAUUCAGUUCUGUUUCUGAGUCUGUCUCAGGUGAAUACUCCUGUGAUAGAGAUAAAGGAUCGUAUCGGUCUCCCCGCAGUGAUGUAGUUACUCUGACAGUAUCAGAUCUUCCUAAACUGACUCUGACAGCUGAUCCUCAGAGUCCAGUGUUCACCGGAGACUCAGUUACUCUGAGAUGUGAGGGGAUUCAGUCACAGAAUGGAUGGGAGUUUCUCUGGAGAAAAGACUCAAACCCUGAAUCUACUGAAGAUCAAACUAAAACAAUCAAACCUGAGAAAGUCUCUGAUGGAGGAAAGUACAGCUGCAGAGCACGAAGAAGAGGAGGAAGAUAUUACACAGUUUACAGUAAACCUGUAACAGUAACAGUAUACGAAAGACCAAAACCCAGAGUGAACAUUAAACCUGAUCAACAUGUGUUCAGAGGAGAAACAGUCACUCUCAGAUGUGACAUAUAUGAUGAAGGAGCCACUAGCUGGAGAUACAGCUGGUAUAAAGAUAAUUCAAGAAGAGUUUUCAGUGAUAAACAGGAACACACAUUCAGUUCUGUUACUGAGUCUGACUCAGGUGAAUACUCCUGUGAAGGAUCAGAGAUCAGAGGAUCACGCCGGUCACACACGAGUGAUAAAGUUACUCUGAAAGUAUCAGAUCCCAAAUCAGUUUUAAGUGUUUCUCCACAGAAGUGGUUGACUGAAGGAGAUCCAGUGACUCUGAUCUGUGAGGUUCACAACUUCUCUACAGGCUGGACGUUCAGCUGGUUCACUUUAACUGAAUCACCAGGUGGUUAUCAUCUGCUCUCAGACAGCAGCAGAGGAGCAGGAGGAAGAUACAGGAUCAGUUCUGCGCUAGAUCACACAGGAGUUUAUGUGUGCAGAGCAGAGAGAGAGAAAUCAUCUUAUAAAACACAGUACAGCAACAAACAGCUGCUGUGGGUCACCGGUGUUUCUGCUCCAGUCUCUCUGAGGGUCAGUCCCAGCAGAACUCAACACUUCACAUCUGACUCUCUCUCUCUGAGCUGUGAAGACCAGAGUAACUCUACUGUAUGGAGAGUGAAAAGAUACACAGACAGUGAUCUGGAAGAUUGUUCAUCAAUACCUCGAGGAUCACACACAGGAUCUACAUGUACAAUCAGUUACGUCUAUACAUCACUCACUGGAGUGUACUGGUGUGAGUCUGAAUCUGGAGAGAAACAUCAUCCUGUUAAUAUCACUGUACACUCUGAAGUGAUUCUGGAGAGUCCUGUUCAUCCUGUGACUGAAGGAGAUAGUCUGACUCUACGCUGUUUAUAUCAAUACACAACUCCAUCAAACCUCAGAGCUGAUUUCUAUAAAGAUGGAUCACUCAUCCAGAAUCAAAAUACAGAGAUGAUCAUCUCUCCUGUCUCAAAGUCACACGAGGGUUUCUACUCCUGCAAACACCCAGAGAGAGGAGAGUCACCCAAGAGCUGGAUCUCAGUCAGACCUUCUACAGGCUCAGUAUCUGAGGAUCUCAAACCCAUGAUAAUUGGAGUAACAGCAGGACUGACUGCAGUCUUCAUUGUUGUCUUCUUGGUUCUGCUCUGGUGCUACAGAAACAACAAAGGUGUUAAAUCUCCUUCUAAUGUGAAUCCAACAUCAGACCAGAACCAGAGUGACGCCGGACACAAUACACUGCUGACUGGAACUGCUCAUGUGUAUGACUCUGUUGAUGUUCUUGUUAAUAAUGACCGUGUUAGUGCACCUGCUGAACUCACAUAUGCUGAGAUUGAACUGAAAUCUAAAACAAAGCAGAAGAAAAAGAAAGAAAAUAAAGAGAAUAAAAAAGCGGAGAGUUCUGAAUGUUUUUACUCUAAACUCAAACUGAAAACAGAUCAAGGUGCUGGAUCAAAUGAUGUGACGUAUGCUCAGGUUAAAUAGAAAUGACAAGAAUCCCGGGAUACUGAUUUCUGUUGAGAAGAGCUGACCAGGAUCUUCAAUGCUGUGUAAUAACCUUUAUUGAGCACCUGAUGUCAGUAGAUUUAUCAGAACUUAAUAUUAGAGAUUCAAACCCUCGUGUGAGUCAAAAAG